AUGAGGCAGUUCACUAGACAACUGCAAGAACGAAAUGAAAUGGAUCAAGCGGAAUCUACAACCACAUCCUUGUUGCCGUCGAAAGCAGAGUCGUCUCGUGAGACUACACCAGUCUCCAUUCGGAAUCCUCCUGAACAGUCAAAAUCAGCAGAACCAGAUGAUGUGCCUGCAACGGUAGAGGCUCCACCCGCCGAGGAGCCAAUACCCCAGGACACAACGAUUGAGAGUGAACCACUGGCAACAGAGCCAUCACCAGCUGAAAGUAUACCAGAGCCGACAACAGGUGAUGAAGAACCACAAAAUGUUGAAGCAGAUUCCGCACCUGCUCCACCUGCUCCUGAUUCGUCUCCAAGUCCUGUUCCUGCUCCUGCUCCGGCUCCAGAUCUUGAUUCUGUCAAGCCGAACAUUGAGGUAAGUGCCUCGCAUGGAUUUAUUCCAUUAAUGGAUUAA